AAAUCACCCGCGAAAAACUGACCACUCAACAACAACAACACUUCUCUGUCCGCAUCUCCACUUUUAUCCACAAACAAAAAAAUGCCGGCCACUUCAGAACUACACACCGAGGAGCUGCAGAGGGAGGGCGGCUGUAAGAAGGAGGAAGAACCUGACAUGGCGGCGGCGGAGAAGAACAAGAAGACCUUCGGUAUCUUCAGCGAUGAACGCGGGUAUCUGGAUCAGAUCGAGUACAUCAUGGAGCACGGCCGCAGGAAGGGGGACCGGACCGGGACAGGAGUCGUCUCUGUGUUCGGGACUCAGGCCAGAUACAAUCUGAGAGAUCAGUUUCCUUUGCUCACGACCAAGAGGGUGUUUUGGAAAGGGAUCCUUGAAGAAUUGCUUUGGUUUAUCAAGGGAUCAACAAAUGCCAAAGAGCUCUCGGCGAAAGGUGUGAAGAUCUGGGAUGCCAACGGAUCCCGGGACUUCCUGGACAACCUCGGGUUCACAGACAGAGAGGAAGGCGACCUGGGACCUGUGUACGGGUUCCAGUGGAGGCACUUUGGUGCCGAGUACACAAACAUGCAUGCAGAUUACACGGGACAAGGUGUUGACCAGCUGCAGAAGGUCAUUGACACGAUCAAAAAGAACCCAGAGGACAGACGGAUCAUCAUGUGUGCCUGGAACCCCAAAGACAUGCCCCACAUGGCUCUGCCCCCCUGCCACGCCCUGUGUCAGUUCUACGUGUGUGACGGUGAGCUGUCGUGUCAGCUGUACCAGCGCUCGGGUGAUAUGGGCCUCGGGGUGCCUUUCAAUAUUGCCAGCUAUGCACUUCUUACCUACAUGAUCGCACACAUCACAGGACUCAAGCCUGGCGACUUCGUUCACACUCUGGGAGACGCUCACAUCUACAUCAACCACAUUGAACCUCUAAAAGUACAGCUUCAGCGGGAGAUCCGCCCCUUCCCCAAGCUGAAGAUCCUGAGAAAAGUGGAGAGUAUUGAUGAUUUCCGCGCAGAAGACUUUGAAAUCUGCGACUACAACCCUCAUCCACCCAUUAAGAUGCAGAUGGCUGUGUGAAAAUCCCACUUUAAUGAGGGAUAAAUAUGGUGGGUGUGGGAAAGCGGAAAGUUCUAUAUGUACUGUACAGGAUGUCUUUCACUAUCAUUACAGGCAGAGGAAUGUUUUGCUUGCAAAUGCCAAUUAAUAUCUAAUUUGUAAAUAAAGAAUUUGCUCGUGUCA